AUGGCAGAUCAGGAAGCGCCCCCCACGGCAGCACCCGCCACGGCAGCGGCAGUCAUUGAAGUGCUUGCCACGGCACCACCCGCUAAGACGGCAGCGCCAGCCACUGACGUGCCAGCCACGGCACCACCCGCUAAGCCAGAACGCAUUAAGAACAUAGUUCUAAUAGGGAAAACUGGCAAUGGAAAAAGUUCCACAGGGAACACUCUCGUGGGAAGCAAACAGUUCGUCGUCAAAAAACAGGCCGCAGGUGUUACCAUGGAUUGUCAGAUGCUUAGAGCUGCGACACAUAAUGGCCCAAUAAUCAAUAUCAUUGAUACUCCUGGUUUGUUCGACUUGUCACAAUCGGCCGAAUUUCUCAGCGGGAAAGUCAUUAAGUGCUUAACUAUGGCGGAAGAAGGAAUACACGCUGUGUUGUUUGUUCUAUCUACAAGGGGUCGGAUCACACAGGAGGAAGAGUCCACACUUAAUGCUUUGCAGCGCAUAUUCGAGAGCAAAAUCCUUGACUAUUUUAUUGUUGUGUUCACUGGCGGUGACGACUUCGACGAAGGAGGGGGAUUGGACGAUUAUUUGCGUGACAGUUGCCCGGAAUUUCUGACGAAAGUUCUUAGACUUUGUGGUCGACGAAUGGUCUUGUUUGAUAACAAGACUACGGAUAAAGACAAGAAGGAUAAGCAACUUCAGCAGCUUCUGGCCCACAUCGAAGAUGUUGAGAAGCAAACUGGUGGGAUCCCGUACACGGACAAAAUGCACCGUAAGAUAAAGGAAGAAAACGAUAAGGUUAGGGAACAGAAAAGGGAGAUUGAAUCUAAGAACCUCGCAGAAGCAGAAUCAAAAAUAAUGCAGGAGAAGUUACAAAUUGAGCAUGACAAAAACAUGAUACUGAUGGCGCAGACGGUUGAAAAUGCGCUAAAACAGAGUGCAGCAGCACAUGAAAAAGAAAUGCGUAUGGUGGAGGAUACGCUAAAACAGAAUGCAGCAGCACAUGAAAGAGAGAUGCGUCUGGUGGAAGAUACGCUAAAACAGAAUGCGAUAGUACAUGAAAGAGAAAUGCGUCAGAUGAGAGAUGAUUUUCAGCAGAACCAACAGCGUCAACAAGUGGAGGAUGUGCUGAAACAGAAUGCUGCAGCACAUGAAAAAGAGAUGCGUCAGUUAAAAGAUGAAUUUCAGCGCCAGCAGCAGCAGUUCCUACUGGCACAACAACAACACAGCCAGAACCAGCAAUUCCAACAACCCCAGAACCUGUUACCUAAACUUGGUCCACUUGAAUGCAACAUUAUGUGA